AUGUUUACCAGUUUAGUUAGAAAAGUUAGUGGUGUCAAAUCCACCACCAACUCAUUGGUUUACACCAAGAGAUUUUUAAAUGUUCACGAAUAUCAAGCCCAAAAAAUGAUGAAGGCUUUUGGUAUCGAUUGCCCAAAAGGUAAUGUUGCCGAUACACCAGAAGAAGCUGAAAAGAUUGCUGAAGUUCUUGGUACUCAAGAUUUAGUUGUCAAGGCUCAAAUUCUUGCAGGUGGUAGAGGUAAAGGUAUUUUUACAAGUGGUCUUAAAGGUGGUGUUCACUUAUGUAGUUCACCAGAAGAAAUUAAAAAUUAUGCUAAACAAAUGAUUGGUCACACUCUUGUAACUAAACAAACUGGUCCAGAUGGUAAAGUAGUUCAUCAAGUAUAUAUCACUGAACGUCACUUUUUACGUAAAGAAAUGUAUUUCGCCAUUCUUAUGGAUCGUAAAGCUGGUGGUCCAGUUAUGGUUGCUUCACCACAAGGUGGUGUCGAUAUUGAAGCUGUUGCUCGUGACACUCCAUCAGCAAUCUUCAAAGAACCAAUCGAUAUUAAUAUUGGUGUUAAACCAGAACAAACUGCUCGUUUAGCCGAAAAAUUAGGUUUCUCAAAGAAAAACAUUGAAAAGGCUCAAGAUCAAAUGAAAAAAUUAUAUGACUUUUUUAUUAAAAACGAUUGUACUCUUGUUGAAAUUAAUCCAUUCGCAGAAACAGCAUCAGGUGAAGUUUUAUGUAUGGACGCUAAAUUAAAUUUUGAUGACAAUUCAUCAUUCCGUCAUAAAGAAAUCUUUGCAUUAAGAGAUAAAUCACAAGAAGACCCACGUGAAGUUAAAGCAGCAGAAUAUGAUUUAAAUUAUAUUGGUUUAGAAGGUAACAUUGGUUGUUUAGUUAAUGGUGCUGGUUUAGCUAUGGCCACUAUGGAUAUCAUUAAACUUUAUGGUGGUUCACCAGCCAACUUUUUAGAUGUUGGUGGUGGUGCUACUCAAAAGCAAGUUCAAGAAGCCAUUAAAUUAAUCAGUAGCGAUCCAAAUGUUAAAUCAAUUUUAGUAAACAUUUUCGGUGGUAUCAUGAAAUGUGAUAUCAUUGCUUUAGGUAUUAUCGCAGCCGUUAAAGAACUCUCCAUUAAAACACCAUUAGUCGUUCGUCUUCAAGGUACUAAUGUAGAAAGCGCAAAGAAAAUUAUGGAAGAAUCUGGUCUUCGUAUUAUUGCAGCCGAUGAUCUCGAUGAAGCUGCCAAAAAAUCUGUAAGAAUCGCUCAAAUUGUUUCAUUGGCCGAAGCUGCCGAAUUAGAUGUUUCAUUUAAAUUACCAUUAUAA